AUGGCAAGUGAGGAAGAGAGUUUUCUUGUCUUAGUGCAUUGCUCUGGGAAAAUCCAAAGAAGCAAAAAAUCUAGUGUGAAGUUCACUGACAGAGAACCACUGAGUGUUUUCAUCAGUUCAUCAAGCACUUUGUCAGAUUUGAAGAACAGCAUCUUGCAGAAGCUUGGGAUAUUUGGUAGCAAGUGGGUGAAAAAGCUAUUCUACAAGAUUCCCAUCGCAGUUGUCUCGAUCGGUGUUAAGUAUGGUACCUUUGUGCUAGCGGCUGAUGAAGAUAUUAGGGUUCUGUUUCAUUUUGUUAGGAGUUUUCCGGAGGUCAGAAUACACGAGUUGUUCGUAAAGUUGGAGGUUGGUGUCGAUAGUUCUGCGGCAUCAGCUCCAGUUCAUAGCUUGACUAUCGCGGGAGGUGCGUCUAGUUCAAUGCCUGCGGUCAGACCAUCCGUUCCGCUGGUCGCAUCCCCUUUAUUCGCGGCUGAUUUAGAUCGAACAGAGGUUGUUGGUUCUGUACCUUUGGAGAAUCCAGGGGUCUGUGAGCAGGCAUAUAAGGUGAGCACCAGUGGUGGCAUGAUUCAUGAUGUGCAAGGCUUUGGAGAACCUGAUCGAAUAGAGAAUGCAAUGUGUGACGAUGACUUUGACCAGGAGCCUGUAGAUAUCAUUGGGGACAGCGAUGAUGACACAGGUGCCAAUCCACAUACACAGCAUGGGCCUUCAAGUUCUGGCACUCAGCAGUAUCCUCCACACUUCUCCACUCUAAACUUGGAGGCCCUGGAUCAUCUGAAGUAUCAUGGAAAAUGCAAGGAGUUCGGGAAGGGUUACAGUUGGUUAAUUCGCAUAGCGCUGCAUCAACGAAACGACACUUGGGAGGUUAGGAGGUACAACGGGCCACACACGUGCUUGGCAACCUCUAUUUCUAGUGAUCACCGUCAGCUGGAUUACCAUGUUAUCUGUGCGAGGAUUCUUUCCUUGGUUAGGGCAGAUGCUGCGGUUACGGUAAAGGUCUUGCAACAAGCUACAGAAGCCGAUUACGGUUUCAGGCCUAGUUACAGGAAGGUUUAG